AUGGCUAAGACUGACCAGGGGGCAGCCUCCAUUGUGCAGGGACCUGGGGGUGUGCAGGAACCUGGGAGUGGGGACAAGUCAAGGGCCAGUAACGCGAGCCCCAAGGCAGCCGCAGGGCGCCCUGGGUCCCCGCCUCCCCAGCUGCCCUCUGGCCAGGAUAAGCAGUCCAGCAGCGCAUGUGCAGGUAAGAGAGGCCUGGAGUUUAGCCAGGUUGGGGGGGCGAGAUCCGGUGGUGCCUGGCAGCUCCAUGGUGCUGGGGAGGGGGGCACACCAGCACCCUGUCUAGACGGCCAUGGAAAGGGCCAUGCAGCCUCAGCCGGAACCUGUCCACACCACCCUGCACCCAGGAUGCUGCAGCCCGAGAGUUCCCAGGCCCCUGAGGAGGCGGCCGCCAGCGCUGGGACCCGGAGGACAGACUGUGUCAUCUGCUACUCAGCCUAUGACCUGGCCAGGCACCUGCCCCGCCGCCUCUACUGCGGCCACACCUUCUGCCAGGCGUGUAUUCGGCGGCUGGACACACUGGCCCAAGAGCAACAUUGGAUCCCCUGCCCACAGUGCCGCCAGAGCACACCCACACCCCGUGGAGGGGUAGCCACACUGGACCUCGACCUGGCUGCCUUCCUGGCGGUCAAGGCCGAGCGGGAGCCGGCGCGAGGGGAGCCCCAGCCGCCUGGGCCCCUCAAAGGUGGCAUUCCCGUCAUCACGCAGCAGCCGGCUGCCCUGUGCCCCGCCUUAGGCCCCCAGCCCCGCUUCCCGAGGCCCAGGCGAUGCUGCUGCUGUUGCUGGGACCUCCCGGGCAGCCUGGAGGUCUGA